AUGCAAGGCAGCAACAAUCAAAGUGAAGCAACUGGAAACGCCGGGCAGGCAGGAGGAUUCAUUCUAGAUGGUCCAUUGAAGAAAUUAGUAUUAGUAGGAGAUGGAGGUACUGGUAAGACCACAUUUGUUAAGAGGCAUUUAACAGGGGAAUUUACAAAGAGAUACAUUGCCACUGUGGGUGCAGAGACGUACGUGCUUCCAUUCUACACAAAUUAUGGGCAAGUUAACUACACCGUGUUUGAUACAGCUGGACAGGAGAAGUUUGGAGGGUUAAGAGAUGCGUACUAUUAUGGUGCAGACUGUGGUAUUAUUAUGUUUGACACCACGUCCAGGAUAACGUACAAGAAUGUUCCAAACUGGUACAGAGACUUACGCCUUAUCUGCCCAACUAUUCCACUCUGUCUGUGCGGUAACAAAGUAGAUAUAAUAGACAGGAAAGUAAAGCCAGCCCAUAUGAAAGACAGAAAGAUAAUGCAGAAUAUAGUAUACUUUGACAUAAGUGCUAAGAGUAACUACAACUACGACAAACCCUUCCUUUACUUCACCAGAACACUCUACCAGAAGCCAGAUCUGUUCUUUGUGGCAAAUUCAGAACUGCUUCCCCCUGAGGCAGAAGUAGAUGUAGCAAUGGUUGAGCAGUUUGCACAGAUGUCAACUGAAGCCACAGACCAACCACUCCCUGAAUUUGAAUAAAUUAUCAAUA